CUUUUUUGGUUGAUUCGACUUUUCAUUUUUCUCGAAAAAGCACAAAUUCUUUUUUGUUAAACUUACUGAAAAAUUUAUUUCCGCAGCUCAAACAUUAAUGGUUGGUUCGCUUAUUUUCUUUUUCCAGGUUUUAGGAACUGAAACCCUCUCUUGCAUUUGGGCGAAUCAUGUCUUCUUCAGUCAAUGAUGAUGAGCGUUUGCCGAAGUUGGUCACAGAUUACUAUUUUGUUGACGAUAAAGGGAUACCCAUCUCAUUUACUGCUUUGCCUUUCUAUUUAGAGGAGACUGAGAAAUCUAAUGCUACUAAGACACGAAUUUUUGUACGUGGCCUUGCUGAUGGUGGUCUUCAGAAAGUGUAUGAGCAGGUUACUUCCUGGGGACUGAGACUUGAAGAAGACCAACCUGAAGUUUUGGUUCUUUUAAGGGGAAACAAAUGGUCAAAGUUGCAGGAGCCAAGGAAGAGCUACAGGGGCAUAAUCGGAUCGAUACUGAUCACUAUAAAUUGGCUUCACUGCUUAAAAAGGAAACCUGAAGGAUCAAGAAAAGAGCUCUGGGACCAUCUGCAUAAAGUUUUCAGUUCAUUGGAAAAAAAGCCCACCGAGGAUGAUCUUACCCAACAUGUCUCUGUGAUCAAAACUAUUGCAGAGAGAGAUAAGACAGUAGCAAAAGCUGAGUUAUUAGUGAUGUUCUUGAAGCAGGAGCUUGGAGAAAAAACAAGUUUUCAUGGGGUUUCUGAACGUGGUUCAGUUGCGGAAAAGCCACUCAUUGCCUAUGAUAAUGCAGUGGAUGAGGGGGCUACUGGUGAUGGCUUGAUGGAAGAGCCUGGACUAUUUGAUUCUGUCUGUGCAAUUUGUGAUAAUGGCGGUGAAGUUUUGUGUUGCGAAGGGAGAUGCCUUAGGUCCUUUCAUCCAACCAAAGAUGCUGGUGCUGACACAAAUUGUGAAUCCCUUGGCUACACGAUGGCUCAAGUUGAGGCACUUCCAAACUUCCUUUGUAAAAAUUGCCGAUACAAACAACAUCAAUGUUUUGCAUGUGGGAAGUUGGGUUCCUCAGACAAAACAGCUGGUGCUGAGGUCUUUCCUUGUGCAUCUGCCACAUGCGGUCACUUCUAUCAUCCAAAGUGUGUUGCAAAAUUACUGUUUCCAGCCAGUGAACUAGAAUCUACAAAGUUUCAGAAGAAAGUUGAAGAUGGGGAAUCAUUUACAUGUCCCAUCCACAAAUGCGCUGUUUGUAAUAAAAGAGAAAACAAGGAAAUCCAUGAUUUGCAAUUUGCAAUUUGCAGACGUUGCCCAACAUCAUAUCACAGAAAAUGCUUGCCAAGGAAGAUUGUCUUUGAAGAUUCAGGUCUAGGUGUUUUGCAGAGAGCUUGGGAUGAUCUUCUUGAGGAGCGCAUCUUGAUAUAUUGCAUGAAACAUAAGAUAGAUAAUUUUCUUAAGACGCCUAUUAGAACUCACAUAAUAUUCCCUGCGAACCCUGAAAAGAGGAACAAAAUUAAGAUUGUAAUGAAGAAGAGGAAGAUUUAUGAUGAGUUCUCCAUGCAACCACCUUCUGUAAAAUCACAUAAACUGAAUGGAAAGCAUUCGAACAUAGACAAAAGUUGUUCAGUUGGAAGUGGCCGAGCAGAUACUAAGAAAAUGAAAAGCACAUCGUCUUAUUGUUUGAAGGCAUCCAUGAAUGGUAAGAACAAAGAUUCAAUGUGCUCAUCUUCUAUGGAUCCCAUUGAGAAGAAAUUUUAUAGUUCGUUUCCUGUUGCAGAUAUUGAAACCGUACAGAGACUGAAAACUCUUAUGGAUGAUGUAUCAUCUUCAUUGACACUUGAAGAUGUAAGAAAGAAGCACACAGUUCCGUCUACAUAUGCUCAUUCUGCGAGGCACACUAUCAAGGGUGUUACACUGGGGAAGGUGGAGGGUUCUGUUGAGGCUAUACGAACGGCUAUACAGAAGCUGGAAGCUGGCGGCAGCAUUGAUGAGGCGAAAAUGAUCUGUGAACCCAAAAUACUCAACCAAAUACUUAGGUGGAGGAAGAACUUCAAGGUUUAUCUCGCACCAUUUCUCCAUGGCAUGCGCUAUACAUCUUUUGGUCGCCAUUUCACAAAGUUGGACAAGCUUAAGGAGAUUGUAGAUAAGCUUCAGUGGUACGUACAAAGUGGUGACGUGAUAGUUGACUUCUGUUGCGGGGCUAAUGAUUUUAGUAAGCUGAUGAAGGAAAAACUUGAUGCAACUGGUAAAAGAUGCUUGUUCAAGAAUUAUGAUAUCAUUCAACCUAAGAAUGAUUUCAACUUUGAAAAGAGAGAUUGGAUGACGGUGGACCCUAAAGAAUUGGCAGAUGGGUCUCGGUUGAUCAUGGGUCUCAACCCUCCUUUUGGAGUCAAUGCAGCUUUAGCAAACAAAUUCAUUGACAAAGCUUUAACAUUUCGACCAAAGCUCCUUAUCCUUAUCGUCCCUGAGGAGACUGAAAGACUACAUAGGAAAAAUCCACCAUAUGAUCUUAUCUGGGAGGAUCGCGAAAAGCUCUCAGGAAAGUCGUUCUAUUUGCCGGGUUCAAUUGACACAGAAGAGAAGCAAAUGGAUACUUGGAAUAUGAAGUCACCGCCAUUAUAUUUAUGGAGUCGACGUGACUGGACAGGAAAACACAAGGGCAUAGCUUUGGAAAUGGGCCACAUUUCUGGGACUCAAGAAUUUGCUUCUUGUCAUGACCAUCCACCCAUUGAACCUACAUUUUACGAUAGAGACAAGGAAGCUAGUCCAAGAGCUGUUGAGUUGAGGACAAGUGUCGAAUGUAGAGAACUAAUAGAAGAACGUCUUGAUGUAUUGAAGGAAGGAGAAAUAGGUGAAUCUUCAGACAUGGAUAUCUCACCCGCAAAUAGAAGUGCCUAUGAAAGCUCAUUCGAAGUAGUUCCAAAUUUCGAGGUGUUUACAGAUGAAAGGAGCUACGCAUAUACUAGUCGCGAAGGCUUUGCUCCAGGGCCACUGCCCCCAUAUUCACACCAAGGCUCCGGUGGUUGGAUUGAAGACUAUACUAGUCCUAAAGGCUUUGCUCCAGGGCCACUGCCUCCGUACUCGCACCAAGGCUCCGGUGGUUGGAUUGAAGACUGAGCUUGAAAGUUUGUCCUUCUGUUUAAUUGCCUAUCUGGUGGCUGGGUUGAUGACUGAACUUCAACAUUGGCCUUCUUCUUUUUCAUUUCUGUAUCUAUUUGGUGUUGCUUCUGUUAAUUUCUAUUAUCGGCCAAACUAACUUAAAAAAGACUUUAUGAAAACUAUCCAAGAACUGGUCUAGUUAAUUGAUACUUGCCUACUUAUA